AUGGAAAUUUGCACAGGAGGCGACAACGACAUAUCAUUCAUAGAAGGAGCCGAGCUAUACAUCCAAGAGCACUACUCUAAUGCAGGGGAAUGCCACUAUUCUCUCCCGUCUGGUCUCCUGCUGAACGGCAAGGACUUCGACGACCUCCUUUCUAAGGCGAAGGAGGAGCUCAAAAAAUCCGACGGGAAAGACGUUAUGGACUCUCCUCUAGAACAAGAAGCAGUUGCUGUCGUUUUUAAUAGAUUAAAAGACACCUGUGGCUCUUCUCCAUCUUUGGUGGUUGCAAACUACGUGUUUUCGGAGACAUUUAAUGAUGCAUACAAUGAAACCCUUAAGAAUAUGUUGCCUGGGGAAAAAGAGGAAUUAAAAAAAGACGAAGACAUUCCGGAGUUGAAAGAAGGUUCUCAUCACAUUUUCUUUUCGUACACUAGUGUAGAUAAGGUGUACAAUGUAUUCUUCCAAACGAGACAAGAGGCUUCCUUGAAAUUAAAUCGAAAAACAAUCAAGAGAAACAUGACAAAAGUUAAGUUGAUGUGCGAUAAAGACAUUGCCGUGUUCAAGACGGUGUGUGGUUCGUUCCUUGAACCUGCUGCGAAAGUUGCCGCCUUCCCGUCCUUCCCGUUCAUCGACCGAGGACAAUUGCACGAUAAUCUUCAAUGUAGUAAGUGUGAGAAUAUGGUGUUGACAAGAGAGGAUCUCCAGAAUUCGAAUGCCCUACGAAAUUUUCUGCAUAAAAACGGCUUGCCCCCACCGUCUGCAAGGGGUGCUGAAUGCACACAUCGUGCCAAGACAUUGUUUCAGAAAAUCAUUUCUCUCUACAUCUGUGCAUCCUCUUCGGUUGACAUGCCACGGACUUAUCUCCAGCUUUUCCAAGCCAGCAACAAGCAAAUAGAGAGGACCUUGUGCAUCUUGACUCCUGAGCAGAAAAGACUUGUUGACGAUAGGUCAUCUAGGCCCCUCCUUCUUGCAGGGGGAUCAGGCACUGGAAAGACCAUCGUGGUGAAGGAAAGAGCCAAGCGAUUAGCAAGGGAAGACCCUACUGGAGAAGUUCUAGUGGUGAACCUUCCAGGGGGACGGCUCACAGAAGACUUCCAAAAGGAAUUUUCA